UAUGGCCAUCAAACCUUUUUUUCAUACAAUGCUAUGGAUAUCAAUGUGAAAAUAGCUACAUGCUUUUUUUGUAGUAUUGUGAAUGUAAGUUAUAUAAACUUAUUUUUUUACUUUGUUCUGUUUAUAUUUGGUACUGUUUUCUUUGAAGAAUGUGCAUCAUAAGAUUUAUUAAAGCUUCUAUUUCAUCUGAAAAGAAGAUUGUGGUUUAUUAGCAUUAAUCAAUAACACACCACCUUUUUCCCCACGAAUGGACCUGAUCCAUGAUCCAUCCAUCUUCUUCUGCUUAUCUGGCACUGAGUUGCUGUUGAUGUAAAUUCCAAAUCCAUCCAUUCUUCCAUGGAAUGGAAUGAUUUAUAAACCAUAGUUUUUUAUACUGCUUGUGAAUCCAAAUAGUCUUUUUUAUUCUUUAAGGAUUUUUUUUUAAAUUUUCCUUUGAAAACUGCUUUAAUCAAAAUGAUCUAUUUAGUAAUGAUUUAGAAGAAAGCCCUAUACACUUAAUGGAUUCAAAUGUUAUAACUUCUACACAUUCAAUAAAAUUGAACUUCUCUCUGCUUUUAAAACCUUGGUGCUCAUUAGCCUUUCUGGGAAAUAAUAAAUACUGAUGAUUAAACUCUUCCUUGAUUGUAAGUGAGUAAUCUAUUGUAGUUAUUCAGAUGAAGAAAUCGUGCCUAUGCAUGAACCCAGUAAAUAAUUUUCCUCAUGAAAUCACACAUUUCUGAUUUUAUAAACAGGACCGGCAGCACUUUGAUUCAGGAGUAAUGAAUCACACUGGCUCUGCAGUGACGCAGGAACUGCAUGGGUUGUAACUUGUGCAACUCUCUGCUGCGUGCUGCCUCUUAUCAGGCACUUCACCUCUGGCUUUGGAAACAUCUGACAGCUCUGUGAGCUGCUUCUGGUGCUGUUACUCAACUUAACAGUGAAGCUGACAUUUAACUCGUCACAGCACACUGUUGCUGCUGAAUCCAUUUUUUUUCUCUUGGACUAUCAUAAUUUAGAAUCUUUAAGAGGUAAGCCUCAUCUCCUGAGAUUUCAGUUGAGUGUAUUUUCAUGAUUUUUGUGCCUGAAGUCAUUGUUUGUAUUCUCAGAGAUAAGAUCAUGGAGCGAAAGAUCGGUGUCAUAUUGAGCUUCAUUGGUUUGGGCACUGUGUGGCUGCGCUCCUUCCCCUGGCUCUGCAGUCUGCUGGUGGGGCUAGGGCUGUGCUUGGUCCAUAUGGGAUCUUGGAAGAACAUUCAUAUAGCUUUGCAUACUGUUAAAAGAGACCUCAUGUGUUUGGCUGUUAUAAUUAAAGUGAGAAUUUCCAUGUAUCACCAUCGUCGAAACCGAAGAACCAUCCCUGCCCUGUUUGCCCAGGUAGUGACACAACACCCAGACAAGCCCGCCUUGAUAUAUGAGGCCACAGGAGAGGUUUGGAGUUUUAGAGAGCUACAGGAGAGAUGCCACGCUGUGGCCCACUGGGCAUUGGCUCAGGGCUGGACUGAGGGUGAUGUGGUGGCUUUGUACAUGGAAAGUCAGCCUUUAAUGGCAGCUUUAUGGCUGGGUUUUGCUAUAAUAGGUGUUGAGGCUGCUCUUAUCAACUACAACCUUAGACAGCAGUCAUUGCUACACUGUCUCAGUGUUUCUGGAGCUCGAGCGAUGGUGUUUGGAUCGGAGAUGACUGGAGCUGUAACAGAGGUGAGUAGCAUGUUGCAGCCCAGGAUGGUUUUGUUCAGCACUGGUAAGCAGGAAGACAAGGAUGAGCUUCAGGUUCAGAGUUUGGACUCUCUGCUGGCCCGUUCACCCACACACCCACCACCCUACAAGAUAAGGAAAGAGUUUAAUGACAGGCUUUUCUACAUCUACACUUCUGGUACAACAGGAAUGCCAAAGGCAGCUGUAGUGGUGCACAGUCGGUAUUACCGCAUCGCAGCUUUUGGUUUUCAUUCUUUUGGCUUACGUCCUGAUGACAUCAUCUACAACUGCCUUCCUCUCUAUCAUUCUGCAGGGAACAUCAUGGGUUUAGGCCAGUGUUUGCUCUUUGGUUUGACUGCUGUAAUCAGGAGGAAAUUCUCAGCCAGUCACUUUUGGGAUGACUGUGUCAAACACAACUGCACUGUAAUCCAGUAUAUAGGAGAGAUCUGCCGUUAUCUGUUGGCCCAGCCUGUUGGAAAAUCAGAGGCUCGUCACAGGGUCCGUGUUGCCAUCGGUAAUGGACUCCGUCCCUCGGUGUGGGAAGAGUUUGUCAAGAGAUUUAGAAUCCAAAGAAUUGGGGAAUUUUAUGGCGCCACAGAGUGCAACUGCAGCCUGCUCAACAUAGAUGGAAAGGUCGGGGCGUGUGGCUUCAAUAGUCGCAUCCUACCAAAUUUUUAUCCCAUCAGACUGGUCAGGGUGCAGCAGGAUAGCAAGGAACUACUGAGGGAUUCACGAGGCCUCUGUAUACCCUGUGAGCCAGGAGAGCCAGGCAUGUUAGUGGGACACAUCAACAACACCGAUCCGCUCAGAAGAUUCGACGGUUACGCUGAUCAGGAUGCCACCAAAAAGAAAGUCGCUCGCAAUGUGUUCAAGAUGGGAGACUCUGCUUAUGUCUCAGGUGAUAUACUGGUGAUGGAUGAUUAUGGCUACAUGUAUUUCAUGGACCGCAGCGGCGACACUUUUCGCUGGCGAGGGGAGAACGUUUCCACGACAGAGGUGGAGGGAGUCCUCAGCAAACUACUGGGACACACCGAUGUUGCCGUCUAUGGAGUGUCUGUGCCAGGUGUGGAAGGGAAGGCCGGUAUGGCAGCAAUAGCUCAGGAGGGAAACCAGUUGGACCUUGAUGCAUUCUUGAUCGGUGUACAAAAAGCUUUGCCCUCCUACGCACGCCCUGUCUUCCUUCGGUUCAUGCCGUCUGUUGACACUACAGGUACUUUCAAAAUUCAGAAGACACGGCUGCAGAAGGAAGGAUACAAGCCACAAAACUCGAGUGAAAAGAUUUAUUUUCUGAACAGUCGUGCUGGACAUUAUCAGCCUGUCACUGAUGAAUUAUAUGAUGCCAUCAAUGAAGGGAAAGUGUCUCUUUGAAAGAAGAAGGAGCUAACAAGGCUACUGGGUUAACACAACUUACUCUGACUGUGUUUUUGAUAUAGUUAUUUUGUGUUUGUUGUUUUUUUAAGAUGUACAUUAAGCUCACCUACCUGAAUAGAUUUGGCUUGGUCAGAUUUCUCUGAGGCAUCAUAUACACACACACACACACACACACACCACACACACACACACACACACA